AGCUGUCGGAUGCAGUUGUUGGUUCCAAGUGAACGAGCAUCUAAAACGGUAGUGAAUCGAAAAUUGUGAUCCGCGAGAGCACAAGAACGUCGAGUGAACUGUUUAUUUGGUGAAUGUUAACAUUGUUCGUUCGAGAUGAGCAGCCCUGCCCGAUUAAGAUAGUCAGCCACUGUGAAUCCGGUCUCGCAAAUGUUGCGAUCAAUAACUCUCUGUUUAUGCUUCCUGAGCGAUACUGUUUCUUCGUUAGUCUUCGUUAGAUAAGUGUAAAUUGGACCGAUAACCAAAUUCACAGCACUAUUUUCGUGCGUUCUUUAAAGACCAAUAACAGAAUGUACGCAAUCGCAGACAUUUUGAUUUGUAAACUUAUUUGUGAAUCACACGCCCGUCACGUGUUUAUUUUCGUUCGAAAGUAUAUUUAGUAAUUUUAAAUUCUAUUUAUUGGGUUAAUUUCCUCGAGGAAUCUGGGAAUAUUUAAAAUACAGUUGGUAUUCAGUCUAUUGUUUACCGUUUCCUUUUUGCGUUCGUGGGAACUUCUUAUCAAGGUGGAGGAAACCAUGUGACCGUUGUUGUAGACAAGGGCUCAUUUAAGAUUGGACAUUUGGUGACGUGAUCAAUUAUUUUGUUAGCUGAAGCUGGUCAGAGCGCAAUAUUAAUUCGAAACAACGUGAACGUGGAAUGAAACAUGAAGACUUCCGCAUCGAAACGGACGAUCGGCUGCAUCGGAAAGUGCACUUCCGGUCUGAGCCGCGAGGAAUUAGACCAAAUCACGGAUAAUAUAAACAAAACCCUGACACACCCGGAGGGUAAGAAGAUUUUCAAAAAGUACUUGCAGGCACGCGACCUUAGGGACAAUCUGGAAUGCCUGGAGCUGUACGAAACCUGCUGCAAUUAUAUUUUCGAGGGAAGUCGUUUGCAAUCGAACAACGGCCCACAUUUGGAGCAAUUGAUCAGGAAUGCGACGACGGUUAUGGAAAUGGCCGAAGAUUUGGACGGCGUAUCUCGGAUAGACAAGGCGUUUCUGCAAGGCUUUGACGCGGCUUUAAAUAGUAACUCGAGGACCGAGUUGCUCGGCGCUUUAGUGGACACCAGGGAUAUAUGUUGCGAUCAUUUGAAAAGUGUUCACGAUAGUUUUAAAGAAUACGUAUCGGAACCGUGCCCGUUGUCCAAAUAAACAAAAAACGAAAACUUGUUUUUACAUUUCCAAUGUGCCUUUAGGCGUUGAUCGUCGCAACUAUCUUAUCAAAAUACUAUCUUAUCUUACACUAUAUGUAUAAUUUAAUAAAAAGAAC